CCCAGCCAAGUAUACUUUCAUUACAGCUUUGUAAUAAAAUAGGCCAAAAACAUUUUGGCUGCUAACAGGUCAUUUUGUUUGUAAGAUAAUAUUAAUUGAAAAAGCUGCCUACGAUAGACUAUCAAUAUUUUCAGGAGAUAUUGUUGAGGGAAGAUCGUUCGAAAGAUAGAAACUAGAGUAAUUACAUUCUACACAAGUUAAACAAAUACGGAGUAUUAUAAUAUACAAACUUAAAGCGGGAUAAAGAAACGGUAUAAGAAAAGGGAAUAAAAUGAUAAAGAAAAAGCCAGCGCCAUCAAAAAUAAGAAGACUAGAAAUUCAAGAGGCAAAACUAAGACGAGAACUGAAAGAUACGCUAAAAGAUAUAAGUGCAGAUACAAAGAAACGUGGAGAGGAAGAUUAUUUAGGUAUUGUUGAACGUCAAAAACUUGCCAAUCGUUCAGUAGAUAUCCGCUCAAAACUGCUACGUUUACAAGAUGAAAUUGGCACACGAGAGAUCGUCAAUGAAGACAGAGAUAGUAAAGACAUAAGGAAGAGAAUUCAAGAGCGUUAUGCAGCCGCAGCUAGACGACAUAACAAGUUACUAUGGACAACAGUAGAGUUGGAACGUAUGAAAGAAGAUGAAAGUGCUAUUCGGGCUAUUGCCAAGGAUGACCUAGGCCUACAAACCAGACAAAAACCGGAGGAUAUAUCACCCGUUGAUGCCUAUGCAACCGAUAGCCGUAAAAUCGCAUCAGCUACAAGUAGGAUUUCUACGUCAAGCUUAAGGCACUCGACACAAGAACUCGAUUUCAAGGCAUUGGAAAAACACGAGCACUUGGAACACGUUCGAGAGUCUUUGUCAUCUCUAGGAUUACACUGUCCGCGUGAUCAGCUCCACAAAGCCGACGGAUUAAAACAUAAGUACGACCUAACACGCGAAAUGAGAAACUUGGCUCAUGGACAAAUGAUUUCAAGACAGAAUAAGAACUCCUAUUGGAGAAUCAAUCCACCAUAUCGGCGAGAACGAAAGAAUGUUGUUCACGUGCGAAGAGCUUACGCCAAAGACUUUUAUGAGGAUAGGAUUGAUAUUAUGAAAGCGAGAGAUACGAACAUCGUCACACCAAGAGCUGAAGUAUUGCAAAAAAUAAAGAGUAAAGAAGAGGACGAACUGGGGAGAUUUAAGAUGACUUCUGGACGAACUAUUUCUGUGAAGAAAAUGAAAGAUUUUACACCUCCUGGCAUGAAGCUUUCGCCACUUGAAAGUUUGGAAGGGCAAUAAUAUACACUCAUGACAACUUUUAUAAAAACGACAAUUAUAUUUUUUAUUGUUAAAACAAACAAAAGUGUAACAACACCUUCCUACUUUACUAAAUACACUAAUAAAGAAUUUCAAAUGUCGUAAAAAUAUGGGAAUGUUGAAUGUAUAAAUUAAAAUGCAUAUGACGCGGAAACUGAAAAAUUACAAGUAAGUAAGACAGAGUUCUUCUAAGGCGAAGUUGACCGAAAAUUGUCUUAAAAUAUGUUUGUUGUUUUCCUUUUGGGUGCUCGUGCAAGAAACGACCUGGCGAGACCUUUUUCAUGCAUAAUUCUACAAUGGAUCUUUCCCCUUAUAACUAAAAUUUUGAUCUAGACAAAAAUUUCAUCACAGCUUGAAAGAGCAUCACAAAAUUAGUAAUAUUCCAAAGUUUCGUUGCGAAAUGUAAAAUGCGGAUAAUAUAGCCUUACGAAAUUUGCCGUUUUUCAGUCAUUUUGUAUUACGCGGGGGAAAUUCACAGCCCAAUCGGGUGUUGGGGCAUCAAUUUCCCGUUUGUAAUACAAAAUGACUGAAAAUUGCAAAUUUCGCAGGGCUAUAUUAUCCGCAUUUUACAACAUUUCGCAACGAAACGUCGGAACAUUAAUUUUGUGAUGCUCUUUCAAGCUGCGAUGAAAUUUUUGUCUAGACUUGUCUAGAUCAAAAUUUUAGUUAUAAGGGGAAAAGUCCAUUCCAAUUCAGGUAAGAUCCUCUCACAUUGCUUCCUUGACUCCAGAUGCUUCGCAACAUCCCUGUAUGUGCACAGUUUAAUUUUCUUCUUAAAUUAAAGAAACCUGUGUAGAGAUACCUAUAAUUUACCUAAUUUAAUAAAGCAUUAGCUAUACAUCAGUGAUUGUCUCACAUGCAAAAAACAGUAACUAUACAUAAGUUACUUCACUAAAUAUUAGAUAUACAUUUUAAAAGUCACUAACAAUUUUAACGGCAUAUGCAUUACAAGUUACCUCUCUCCUCCGCAGAGACUUCUUUUGGCUAUGCAUGAUUACGAUUAGUAUUGAGAUACAUUUCACUACACUUUACAUGCAUGGCGGAUCUUGGAACACGAGCUGAGCCGAACUAAAGCCUCUGGGGAGGAGAGAGACAAGUUACGGUUUGCUCAUGCACGAUCCCACUCGUCUACCGGAACGAAUAUCAGAAAAAUAUAUAGGCACUAUUAUAACAAAGCAUAAAAUGUAGGCUCUAUUUAGAAUACACAAUAUCUUAUAAAAAACUCCUAUAAUAAUGCAUGUUCUAUGCUAAAACGAUUAAAGUACUCUAAGUAUACACAAGUUACAUAUAUAAAAAUUCAUACAUCAACAUAAAAAUUACAUGUCAAGUUUAAUUGUUCUUAUGUUUGCGCGGUUUCUUCGCGUCGGCACUGCUCAAUCUUCAACUGCAAGAUCUUACAUUUAAGAUCUGCGAUGUAGAUCUCGUUUCGUAACGAAUCCUUCUUCAUUUCUCUGGCAAACUGAAAUACAACAG